UCUGGUGGCCACAACUCAAAUACGAUUGGUGGUUGCAAUGGAUUUCAGUUCGCGAGUGUUACUCUUAAGUGCUGUUCAUCUUGCAGCCGGUGGAAUACUGGAUUGGUUUGGCGGUGGUGACGAUCGCGAUGGACAUCAGGUGGGACCAGUCCAAGUGGAGGUGCUCUACCCCAAGGGCAUUCGAAUGUGGACACACUACAAUCCGGACACGGCGCUGUUUGGUGUGGAGCUGUACGUGAAGUACUACGGUGGCCAAACGGAAGCCCUCGAGUGUGGCCUCUGUCGGAACACUAGUCGGCCGGUUUUCGGCAAGUUUAUGCUGCAGGACGACGACGUUGUCGCGCGGGUCGGAGACGUCCUGGAGUACACGAUUUUUACUUCGGACGGUACUACUACCAUGCGGCAUGCCGUUCGCCGAAGGGUUGUUCACGAGCACGUCAUUAGAAUCGCAGAUCAAUGUGACUCCUGUUCGGGGUCCGCUCCUGGAACUGAACUGCUUCGUGAGCCACAGUCGGAGGCCGAGAUGCUUGAGCGUAUGAUCCUUCGCGUGUUAACCAACCAUAGUCGACGCUGUGAGUCGUUGUCCCAGUGGCUCGUGAUGAAAGUGGAACCGCGAAACGAAUUGGCCAAUCUGGAGGAGCACGUUCGAACGGUUUUGGCCCGAAUGCUGAGGGUGGCCCAGAUACUGGAUCCGGUAGGCAGUCGGUACGUUUUUCCGGGAGCGUCGGAACUUAUUGAGCAAGUGGAGGAUCAUCCGGAUGGGAUCGCGUUCCGUGUGACGUCAGCAAUUGCUAAGCUGAAACUCUUCGAAGUGCUACGCAGCAGUGGACUCGUCGCUGAUUAUGAUCAAGUGUUGUAAAUACUGAAAUAGUACUCUUUGAUUACUUUAAACUUCAUUAUCUGUGGUAAACAUAGGAAAAUGGUUAUAAUAUUGUCCCGCGAAUUAGAAUGAGAAUGAGAAGUGAGAAAUUCUAUCUUGCUACGCAAAACUGUGCAUUUUAGGCUGGUUUGUAUCUAAAUGGAUGUUGUCGUCGUAUAGCUUCAGUAUAGUUAGUAGAAAUAAAUCCCGAUCCCGAUAUCGGGACUACGCA